AGUAGGAGUUGGAGAUGGUCCAUUUCUUAGUGAUCAACGAUCCAUAUCACUAUCACUCGUGUAGCAGUAAAAAAAGAACGGCAGGUUUUGCUUUUGACAAAUCAUGCAAUUCUUGGACCAUUGUUACCAUAAUGUAAGAAUAAAGUUUUGAGCUUUGAAAGAAGAAAACACACAGAGAGAGAGAGAGAGAGAGAGGCAUCCGAGAUUUGAAAAGAAUAAAAAUGGUGAGGAUUCCUUGUUGUGAGAAUAUGGGGUUGAAGAAGGGACCAUGGACGGCUGAAGAAGAUCUAAUCUUGGUGUCUUAUAUCCAGCGUUUUGGCCACAGCAAUUGGCGAGCACUCCCCAAGCAAGCAGGUUUAUUAAGAUGUGGAAAGAGCUGUAGGCUUAGGUGGAUUAAUUACUUGAGACCAGACAUUAAACGAGGAAACUUCAGCAACGAAGAAGAAGAAACUAUCAUUAAGCUGCAUCAGAUUAUUGGGAACAGAUGGUCUGCAAUUGCAACAAAGUUGCCAGGAAGAACAGACAACGAGAUAAAGAAUUAUUGGCACACCCAUCUAAAGAAGAGAGUUGAUGGGAAGCAAGCCACCCCAAGCACAAGCAGUUCAGCUGAUCAGACCACCAAAACAUCAUCAAACAUAAAGGCAGUGAUCAACAAUGCAAGAUCAUCACAGCAGCCUGAGAGUUUUCCUACCCAUCAAAAUAUAAGAUAUGCAACAGAAGAGAAAUCUCAGGAACCUGUGGCAACAGCAGUGGAAGCCAUCAACGGUUUCAGUACUGUAAAUGAUACGGAGUUUUGGUACGACAUCUUCAUGGAAGCAGGAAACUCUAGAGAAAUGCAUGGAGAUUUAAGGGUUUAGUCUGUGUUAUUUGUUUUAUAAUUAUAUAUAAAUAAAUAAAUAAUAUAUGUAUAUUUCUCUUUAGAUGUUCUAUUUUUCA